ACUACAGAAACGUCACAUGCCAUCGAUGAAAUGGCAACAAAAGUAAACAUUGGGGUAUUUUAAAAUUAAAAAAAUGAUAUUUAGAUAACAAAUGUACUGACGAAACUAACCCUUUCAAAUUUUUAGUGCUCGCGUAAAAAUAACCAAAUUUAAAAUGAAACCAGAUUUUUUAUAUUUAAUACCGAGUGCGUUGACUGUAGUAUAUGCGACCUAUGGAAGUUGGUUCCUGAUUGCGGAGAUAUUCACUACUUUAAUACCUUUAACUUUAAUAUUUACUGGAAUUUUAGUAGGAGUAGUAGUUAUAUUUAGAGUUCCCCCUCCCGAGAAAGACACAGUUGAAACUAUAUUGGGUAAAGAAAUUGAUGAUCCCACAGGAGAUAAUGGAUUUGUUAUUAAGACAAUAGCUCACAGAGGAGCUGGCCUGGACGCUCCAGAGAAUACUAUAGAAGCCUUUAAAAAAUGCCACGAAAAAGGAUGUGAUGUGAUAGAGAUAGAUGUGAUCCUCACAUCUGAUGGUGUACCAGUUGUUUUCCAUGACUCCAACUUAGAAAGAAUGGCUGACUUAAAUAUUGCAAUAAAGGAUAUGAAGUAUGAAGAUUUGGCCAAAAUAGACAUUUCAGUAAAACAUGCUUACAGAGAUUCAUUUCCUAAUUCUCAUGUACCAACAUUAGAGCAGGCUGUAGAACAAAUGCUUGGGAUGGGACAAAGAAUUUUCAUUGAUAUUAAAGAAAAUAACAAUAAGAUGGUCCCUGUAAUACUGAAAUUAUUUGAAAAGUUUCCCGAACUCAAACAGAAAGCUGUAAUCACAUCAUUUUUCCCCAAUAUAAUUUAUUUGAUUAGAAGAAACAAGCCAGAAAUAGUAGGAUGUUUGGCAUGGCAACCCUGCAUUUUCAAGAAAGUUAGUGAGGGCCAGGGAGAAAGCAACAUAAAACAAUUUAAAGCUUUCAUAAAGAGGUAUUUAGUUUGGAUGUGUGAUAUGUUGCAUUCAUGGGCAUUGCCAAGAAUAACUUACUAUCUCUUAGGACUGUCAGUUAUUUUAUUGCACAAGGAUUCUGUGUGUAGUCAUACAGUUCAAGAUUGGAAGUCAAAAGGAGUCCGUGUGAUGGCCUGGACAGUUAACAGUCCCAUAGAAAAGCAAUAUAUCAGCCGCAUUCUUAAGGUCACUUACCUCACUGAUACCCUAACAGGUGAAACUACAAUUCACAGCACUUUGCAGUCUUAAUAGAGUGAUUUUAACAUAGUACAUUUUUAAAAUAUUCGCUCAUCCGAAGAGAAAUCACAACUCAAGAAACAACAUUUUUCAGGAGAGACAAAAGAUUUUUUAAAUCUUAAUUUAGCUGUCAGUUUUAAACGGUAACUGCUAAAAUUUUUAAAUUAAAAACGAAGAAUAUGGAUAAGUGAAUAUUUCUAAUUGUGUAAGAAGCAAAACCAAAAAAUCUAUGAUAUCUGAUUUAACAAAGAAACAAAAAAUGAAAUUUUGAGUUAUGCCACUUUUGCUUUAAAAUAUUGGUCUCUUUUUAAAUACCUAUAUUUUGAGUCAAUUUAACAAGAUAACUUUAAUUAUGCAUUUUUUGAGUUGUGUCACUUUUCUUCCGGAUGAGCGAUGUGCAAACGGAUCGUCAAUAUCAUUGAAAUAAUUGAUUUGGAUGAAAGUUAGUGCUAGAUCUUCUCAUUAGAUGUUAUAGUGUUAGGAAAAUUCAAGUUUUUUGUGCUAUCUAGAUGGUAUACAAUAUGGAGACAUUCCCCUCUAAUAUAUUACUUUCUUCUGCUUCGUUAUACUUUUUUUUAACAGGAUGACUUACUUUAUUUUUAUUGGCAUUUUUUGCAGCUUGGCACAUAUAUGUAGUUGCUCAAAUUGUUUUAAUUAUUGCUCUAUUUUCAUCCCUCACAUUCACUUCUUCCCUUCACAUCUAUCCCUUUUGUUUUUCUUUCAAUAUGACAUUCAUUAUUGAUAUAAUAUAUCAAUAAUGAAUAUAUACUGUAUAUUAUAUUAUACUGUAUAUACCUCAGGAAACAAAGCCGAAAAAUCACUUGAAAGUCAAAAAAUUACUGUAAUUUUUCGAUUUUGAAACGCUUCAUUCCUGGGGUAAUAUUUUAACUAAAGAAAGUCUAUUGCAUAUCAACAUUUAAAGAAUUAAAUUUGCAGCUAUCGUAGGCAACUUAGUAAUUAUAUUUUGAAUUUCAUAUACACUCCUUUAUACAGGUACAAUUGUUUUGACUUUAUUUUAAAUUUUAUUAUAUACAAAUAUGUACUAUUUACAUAUAUUUAUGUAUCAUUAAAGAUUAUAAAUAAAUUUUUCUAUAUCCCA